GCGCAGAAGUAUAUUGUGAAGAACUACUUCUACUACUACUUGUUCAAGUUUUCAGCUGCUUUGGGUGAAGAGAUUUUUUAUAUCACUUUCCUUCCAUUUACCUACUGGAACAUAGAUCACUCUGUGUCUAGAAGGAUGAUAAUUAUUUGGUCUAUAGUGAUGUACAUAGGCCAGGUCUCCAAGGACAUCCUGAAGUGGCCUCGGCCCCUCUCGCCACCUGUCGUCAAGCUGGAAAUGAGGACGGACGCGGAGUACGGGAUGCCUUCCACCCACGCCAUGGCUGCCACUGCCAUCUCCUUCUCCUUUCUCACUGCAACCACGAACCAGUACAAGUAUCCGUUCGAACUAGGCCUGGUCGCAGCCUUUGUGUUUUCGAUGCUGGUGUGUCUCAGCAGGCUCUACACGGGAAUGCACACGGUCCUGGACGUGAUCGGUGGAGCACUGAUUUCGGCUGUGCUGCUCAUGCUCUUGUAUCCUGCGUGGGACAUGAUAGAUCACUUGCUGUUAACUAGUCCCUUCUGUCCACUGCUUUCCAUAGUUGUGCCUCUUGUCUUAUGUUACAACUACCCCAAACUAGACUAUUACAGCCCUACCAGGGGAGACACCACUACUAUCUUAGGAGCAGGAGCUGGAGCAACUGUGGGAUUUUGGUUAAAUAACCAGUAUGCGGCGCCAGCCUACACCGGCGAAAAUUUGCAGCUUGGAAUUCCUCUGAUUACCAGUAAAAUAGUGGUGGUCGUGUUAGCCAGGUUCUUCGUAGGGAUCUUUGUUGUUCUACUGACGCGCCAGCUCAUGAAGAGUGUGGUCCUUGGCAUGCUGGGUUAUCGGUACAAGUUUCCCAUUGGCGACCUGGAAGCCCGAAGACGACUGGAAGUCGAAGUGCCGUACAAAUUUAUAACGUACUCCUCAGUUGGCUUCAGCGCUACCGUGAUUGUGCCGCUGCUGCACAAGCUGUUAGGAUUGAUGUGA